AUGGUUUGUGAAAAAUGUACAAACAAAAUAUCUAAAUUAGCAACUGUCCAUGUCGACAAAAAUGCAAGUGGAUCACAAAGAUUAACCAACGAAAAUAAAUUUCUCAGUUCAAAACAAAAAUUUAAGCCGGGCGUUGGGGAAUUUAAAAGAUGCAGAGUUUGUAAAAAGAUGACUCAUCACAUCGCUGCAAAUUAUUGUCAAGAUUGUGCUUAUCAAAAAGGAAUAUGUCCUAUGUGUGGAAGGAAACAAAUAGAAACAUGCAAAUAUAGACAAAGUUUAACUUGA